AUGGCUCAAUUGACGAAGGGUAGCGAUGGCGGGAGCUAUUGUACGGUGGGUGAUUACGUGGUGGGGAAGCAGAUAGGAGUAGGGUCGUUCUCGACAGUAUGGCAUGCACGACAUCGCGCCAACGGCACCGAAGUGGCAAUUAAGGAGAUCAUUAUUUCCAGGUUGAAUUAUAAACUCCGAGAGAGCCUCAAGUCCGAGAUUUUCAUCCUCAAGAAAAUAAAUCACCCUAACAUCAUUCGCUUGCACGACAUGAUCGAGGAAUAUGGAAAGAUGUACAUCAUUUUGGAGUACUGCAGAGGGGGUGACCUUUCGAUGUAUAUUAACCAACAUCAUGGCCAAAUCCCGGAAGCAAUUGCAAAACACUUUAUGCAGCAGCUAGCGGAGGGUCUAAAAAUUCUUCGUGAAAACAACCUUAUACAUCGAGAUCUAAAGCCCCAGAAUCUCCUCCUGUCCACGAAUGACGACAAAUCUGUUCUCAAGAUUGCUGAUUUUGGCUUUGCAAGAUCUCUACAACCUAGAGGCCUUGCAGAAACCUUAUGCGGUUCACCACUAUAUAUGGCUCCUGAGAUUAUGCAACUGAAAAAAUAUGAUGCAAAGGCAGAUCUCUGGAGUGUUGGCGCCAUUCUGUUUCAGCUUGUCACAGGUAGAACCCCAUAUACUGGGAACAAUCCGAUACAGCUGUUCCAGAACAUUGUAAAAUCAACUGAAUUGCAAUUCCCACCCGAUGUGAAGAAUUUGAAUCCUCACUGCAUUGACUUGUGUAGGAAAUUGCUACGCCGCAAUCCAGUGGAGCGGUUGACGUUUGAAGAAUUUUUCAACCAUCCAUAUCUUUCUAUGAGGCGGCCAGAUAUAUCAUUCAGGAACACAGAAGAAAGUUCACAAGAAGAUUGCUUUCCCUUCCAUAAAGAUGACUCCUGUGGGCCCGACAAGAGUCCAUCUUCUGUAGGGAGUUCAACCGUGAGAUACACAUAUGGAUUUUCUCUCGACUCAAAACCUGACAGGAGGGAAUUGUCUAAUAUCUUUAAUAAAAUGGAUCUUUGUUCCAAGUACAGUAAUUCCCACCCAUGUAAACCAGAAACUAUAGGAUCUGGUCUUGGCAGCUGCCAACUUUCUGAAGGAAACUUGAAAGAAUCUCUGAAAACCAGAGACCUUGGAUCAGUAAAUUAUAACUUAAAAGUUGUGGAUUUGAUGGAUUCAGAUCAAGAUUAUGUCCUCGUGUCCAUUCCCACAAUGGAGUCAUCAUCUGUACAUACCUCUAAGACUAGUUGUUUGCCUUCUAAAUCUGGUAGUUCGCCACUUGACUUUGGACAGGGAUCAAUCAACAUAGUAUACACUUCAGAACUUCCAUCAACUGAUUGCGUGACAAGGAUCAAGUCAUUGCAGAGUUGUGCAUCAGCCAUAAUUGAAUUAGUGACUGAAAAGAUUGAAGCAGGAGAACAUCUAGAUGCAUUCUCAAUUCAGCUUGUGAUUCUUGCCAUAUGGAAGCAAGCAUUGCAUAUUUGUCACACUCGAGCAGCAUCAGCCAUUGAAGGAAGUUCGACACAGGAGAUUACAGAAUUGAGGGUAAUCUCGAACGUGCAGCAUAAUCAUGUUGUCCAAGAGUCUCGUGACACAACUAACACUAAGUGGCUGGUGGAGACAUGUUCUCAAAUCGAGAGAGCAUUUCUAAAUGAAGUGGGAAACGCCGAGGAACUUGCUAAAGUAGUGGACACUGGAGAUUUUGAGAUGCCAGAUCCAAUGGAGUUGAUAUACCGAUCUGCCCUAUCUUUCGGCAGACAUGCAGCUGUUGACGAGUAUAUGGGCAAUACAGAAGUUGCCGUAACUUGUUAUUCAAAAGCAGUUCAGUUAUUGACAUUUCUUCUGGCUGAAGCACCGUUCCUCGUUCUAAACCCCCCUUUUUCUCUCAAAAGCUCAGAUCGGCAUAGGAUUCAGAAUUACAUUGAUGUCCUUAAUAAGAGGCAGCGUAUUUCAGAGUCACGAAGAGUGGCCAUCCUCAAGUAUGAGGAUCAGCCAUCCCCACCAUGA